AUGGAGAAAAACAUGGCAAGAUAUGAAAAAAAUGCAAAAGCAAAAAAUGCUACUAUAAAACGAAACAGAAAUAUGACGGGAGGAGGUCCAGCAUGUUCCAGCACUCUCAGUGACGAAGAAACUGAGGUUUUAAGCUUGAUUAGCCCUAAGCAGACUGAUGGGAUUGGUGUUGAAGAAACCCCAUUAGAAUUUUCUUUUGUAGAACAAGAAAGAAUAGAGCAAAAUAUUCUGACCGAAACUGAAGAGAAAAACAAUGGGGUCCACAAGGAACACAACUACACGUUGGAAUAUCCAAUAAAAAAAGGAAAAGGUACACCUCAACCACCGAGAAAAAUAUCGAAGACUGCUCGGCUACAAACUUCACUUGCCUUAAGUCAGCCACAUCUAGCUUCCAUGAAGCAAAAAAAUGACAUUGAAGCAGCCUACUAUAAAAACAAAAAUUUAAUAGAUGGGCUAAAAAUGAGGGCUCACCUACGGUCAGAAAGAUUUCAAAAUGUAUGGUCGAGACAACUAAAAAUGUAA